CGUAGAGCGCUCUUCACUCUCUAAAAUAAUAUUAUCUUGCGAUUAACGGAAAAGUUUUAGAACAACAAAAUUCUUUGCGUUAAUGUUCUAAAGUUUUGCUCGAUAGAGUUAUACAGUUCUUCGAGUAUAGAAAGUGCUGCAAGUAACGAACUUAUGAAAAACAAGUUGGGAGUCGAUUUUACUGACAGCGAAUCGUUCGUCGGUGAUCUGCCGGUGAACAAAGAAGUGCAGCAAAAGACAAUCAAGUCACAACCGCGGCGAGAAUCAGUAGCGCCGAAGAUCGUGGUGUGCCCGCCGGUAGAAGAUAUGCCGGAACAAGUCAACGCACCUCGGGGGUCUCGGCUUUUGAAAGCGCUCAGCCGACGUCUAUCGAGACGCACGAACGACGACGAUUCCUUGGGCAGCUCGAGUAGUAACGAUAGCAUGUCUUGCGAGAAUCGCAACGACGACCGAUCUUCGUGCUCGGCAAGCGACUCCGGCAGCGACGGCUCCGAGCACCGCCGGCGGCACCGCUCCACCGUCUCCCUGCGGCGCGUCUUCCAAAACCUGAACUUGACGUCGCGCUCACAAUCCAGCUCGCCCACCGAGCGACACCGCCAGCCCAAGAAGCAGCAGCAACCUAAACGUAUACUGCGCCCGCCGAUUACAUACACCUAUGUCCGCGGCCUCUCCGGCCUGCCCACACAGAGGGUACCCAGACACACGGUCUGCUGCGCCACCUUGGGCUUGAAUCGGUAAAAUGCGCCUAAAACAUUGUUAAACGAACGAAUACGGGCAGAGGUCAAGACUGGUUAAGAAUAAAGUAUUGUUAAAAAGUUUGAAUGAUGAAUUCUUGUCAUAUCAAUAGAAACAGGUUAUCAGGACCGAUGCGACGUUGUCUUCGGCGAGGACCAAGUUUGAGGAGGCUCUGAAUCGAGUAUUUUUAUUCGGGAUUUUCCUCCGCGCGGCUGUAAUCACUCAACAACAGAGCUGUGAAUAUUUUAUUAAGAGAAAUAAAUAAGACUGGGAAUACAGAUACGGAUAUA